AUGGUCGCCGAUGAUCGAUAUUGCUACUUCCCCUCGGGCAAUCUCGCCGCAGGAAACGUGCCUUGCUCCGACGAUACAAGUGCCACAUGCUGUGGGUCGGGAGACAUCUGCCUAUCCAACGGACUCUGUCUGAACGUCGCACACCAGCCAUAUGUGCUCUCGCGGGGGGCGUGCACCAAUUCCGACUGGCAGGCCGGAUGUUCGAGCUACUGUUCCAGUAGCACCCCGAGCAUGGGCGCAUCCAUUAUCAACCUGAGUUUCUAUAAUAACACCGCGAUCUACUGCUGCGGCACCCCAAUCAUCGACGGGGAUACAAUCGUCUGCCCCGAUAGCCCUACCUCCGGCUUCGAAGUCCCCACUGGUACCCCAAUCCUCGGUCGCGCUUUGCUUGCCAAUUCUACAUUACUCGACGCGGUCGUAAAAACAUCGUCCUCUGCAACAUACACAGCGACAGCCGCAGCCACAGCAACAUCCUCGUCCUCCUCAUCGGCCACUUGCAGGACAUGCCACCAAACUGAAAUCGGCGCCGGGGUGGGGGUAGCGCUCGGUGUAAUCGCUCUGCUUUCGAUCAUAUGGGCGCUGCUGGAGCGGAGAAGGGCUCUGAAGAGGCAGACAAUGCCACCGGCUGCAGGUACUCCCUAUGGCGGCCCCUAUAUGAAUUUACGGGAUAGGAGCAACCGCCCAGUGGAACUGGGAAAUGUUCCCCAAGCACAUGAGCUCCCCAACUCGGUGGAAAGUCCAUCCGAAAUCAUGUCGAAGACGGCUCCGUGA